CAGGACUGGUUUUCACAUUGCUCUUGUUUUGUUGGACACGCCCUUUGGUCAGGUUUGGUUGAAGGCGAACAUUUUUUUCCCCGUGUAAGAAUCUCAUAGCGACGCGCAUCUACUCGGAGUGGAGGAUCGGAACCACCUAAAGGUUGGGAACUAUUAACAGCUUAUUCUUUCAAUAUUGGAAGUGUCCCUGUGGAUAACGUACUUGAACCUCCACCCGUCCGCCCCAGCAAACGUAACCUUUGUUAUAACGUCACACCGUCAUCCCACGCCAGUGUCCCUUUCCUUCCCCUCUCUUCGAACUCUUUGAGACUGCUAGUGAAAGUCUGAGCGUAAAUUAACAUGGAUAAAACCGAGCUCAUCCAGAAAGCCAAGCUCGCAGAGCAAGCUGAGCGAUAUGAUGACAUGGCCGCGUCCAUGAAGGAGGUGACCGAGAAAGGAGCAGAGCUCUCGUGUGAGGAGAGGAACCUCCUGUCGGUCGCCUACAAGAACGUUGUUGGGGCCCGUAGAUCGGCAUGGCGCGUCAUCUCGGCCAUUGAGCAGAAGACCGAGGGCAGCGACAAGAAGCUCCAGAUGGUAAAGGAGUACCGGGAGAAGGUGGAGACCGAGCUGCGCGACAUCUGCAACGAUGUGUUGGGGCUGCUGAGCAAGUAUCUCAUUGAGAACGCCCCUAAUGCGGAGAGCAAGGUGUUCUAUUUGAAGAUGAAGGGAGACUACUACAGGUACCUGGCCGAAGUGGCCUCUGGGGAGGACAAGAAGGAGACGAUAUCCAACUCUCAGCACUCGUACCAGGAGGCGUUUGACAUCAGCAAGAGUGAGAUGCAGCCCACACACCCCAUCCGCCUGGGCCUGGCCCUCAACUUCUCAGUCUUCUUCUACGAGAUCCUCAACUCCCCGGAGAAAGCCUGCUCACUGGCCAAACAGGCUUUUGAUGACGCCAUCGCUGAGCUGGACACGCUGAGCGAAGACUCGUACAAAGACAGCACCCUCAUCAUGCAGCUGCUCAGAGACAACCUGACACUAUGGACAUCUGACAACGCGCCAGAUGAGACGGAGGCUGGGGAGGGUGGUGAGAACUGAGGCUCCACGUCCGUCCUCGACAGAAAAUUUAAAAAACAAAAUGAGAAGGAAAAAAAAUAAAACUUUUACACCUUUAUUUGUUAUUGUUUCAUUUGACAUGAUUCCAGUACUGAACACCCUCUGUUACCAUGGAGCUGUUAGUGUGUGGGAAUUGAAUCGUUUUAGUUUUCACCACGACUCAUCUUGAUUCGAAGAAAGGCUUGAUUUAAAGUAAACAUUAUUGCCAUCCCUGAUCCUGUUUGUCUCGGCCAUUCCUGAUGUGCAGUUUCUGCUUUAGAAAAGUAAUUAGCUUCGACCUAACAUUCAAAUGUCUGAACUCGACAACAUUGAAUGUUUGGGUCCAGAAACGUCUGUCUGGGGAAUUUCAAAGGCGAUUUAUAAAGCGCCAGCAUCGUACAGCCUGGUCAUGGUGAGGAUGGAGAGACGUUAAGCCGACCCAGAUGUGACCGGAAUUCUGGCACAUCCGCUGUUCCACGUUGGUGUUCUUUCAAAAUAAAAGCUGCACGCUAGCACUGGUCAACACCUGCUGGACCGCGAACACAACGAAAGUCAGUGUUGUCCGUCCCUAAUUGCAGCCAAUUCUCUUAAUGCCCUGCUUUUGACCAGAUCCCUGGUCAGUUGCAGUGUGCUGUAAACCGGCAAAGGGGUGCUAUUGGGUUGCAGGUUUUUUUGGUAAAGGUGCUGGGCGUGGGCUCCUGUAGGUCUUGCAGAACACUUCCCUAGUUUUGUUAUUCACAUCAAUGUGUUACUUUGUAGCAUGUCUGACCAUGAAAAGGUGGCACUUUAUGAAGAAAAAAAAAGUAUAAAAACUGAAAAGACAAAAAAGAAAUUUAUCAAAAACAUGCAUGCCCCCUUUUGUUUUCUCUCUCAAUGUACACUGGAAUGGGUGUCAAUAUUGCAUCCACAAAGUCCUGUUGGUAACUUUUCAGUACUUCUCAUUGCAGGUUUGUGCACAUAGUAAAGAAGGUGUUUGGUUAGCCCAGUGAUUGUCAUUAGAGAUUUGGACCACUAAUUGUAUUUUUUUUCUUGCCCAUUGAUUGUAGUCCCCUAAGCCUUGUGAAACUGUUUUAAUGCCCUAUGUAACAGCUACGUAACAUGAAUAAAAAUGACAUUUUGUAAA